AUGACCGAGGUGAUGAACUCUCUGGAGCCAGGGGCCGAGGACUUCAGCGGGGGGGGAGCAGGCGCAGCCGAGGCACCGAUCUUCUCAGAUUCCCAUGAAAGGUUUCCCAAGUUGUCCAAGAGGCUUCCCUCCAUCGUGGUGGAGCCGAUGGACGGAGCGGAGGUGGAGAGCGGCGAGCUCCGCUGGCCGCCGGUCGAGCCGAGCUCCCCGGACGCCAAACCUGAGAGACAGAGCCCGGAGGAAGAAGCUGCAGGUGAGGACGACUCAGAGUCGAGCGUGGACGAUGAGGCGUCAGCGGCGGAGAUGCAGGAAUCCAACUGA